AUGAGAGACGCUUCAGGUAGAUGGAUCUUGGGUUUUUGUGGUAACCUGGGUCAUGGUAACUCCCUAGCUGCUGAAGUUAGAGGGUUCUGGGAAGGUCUCCAACAAGCUUGGAAGGCUGGUUUCAAGAAGAUCUGCUUAUUAGGUGACUCUCUGGUGGCUGUCAACCUCAUCAAAAAUGGUUGUCAAGAUUCACACCCUCUGGCUCAUUCCAUCAACAGAAUUCGACUUCUGAUCAAGAAUGAUUCGGAGGUAGUGGUUUCGCAUACCCUUCGCGAAGGCAAUAUGGUAGCCGACUACAUGGCCUCCUAUGCGUACCAGUAUACAGACUGGAAUAUCCAAGUACUCAGGGAACCACCAGUUGGAUGUAGGAUCUUUAUUGAUAGAGAUGUAAUGGGCAUCUGUUGCCCGAGGAGGCUCUGUAGGAUGUAG